GUUUGCAGAUUGGACCGUUAUCAAAUUAUUAAACAACUGGGGAAAGGUACUUUUGGUAUUGUUUAUAAAGGGAUCCAUAAACAAACAGGCUAUUAUGUCGCCAUCAAGAAAAUUUUGAUUCAUAAAGGUGCAGAUUGUUUCCCAGUGACUGCUUUUAGAGAAAUUGAUAUCCUCAAGAAUCUACAAAGUCCCGAAUGCAAACAUAUUAUAGAGUUGAUUGACAUGAUUAGGGAUAGACCACCUCCUAAUGAUGAAUAUACCAAUUAUGAUUCUUCAAAAGCUCCAAAAAGUAUCAAGAAAUCAUUUUAUAUGGUGUUCCCAUAUAUGUCUUAUGAUUUAAGUGGGAUAUUGGGUAAUCCAUCUGUGACUUUAACAGAACCAGAUAUCAAAUCAAUAAUGAAACAACUAUUGGAUGGGAUAAAUUUUAUACAUGCUAGUGGCUAUUUACAUAGAGAUAUCAAAGCUGCUAAUCUUUUGAUAAACUGGGAAGGUGUGCUAAAGAUUGGUGAUUUCGGGUUGGCCAGAUCCUAUGGGGGACCAAGACCAACAUUAGACAAAGCCGGUGGUGGUAAUUAUCCAUUGACAGAAGUUGUCAUGACAAGAUGGUAUAGAGCACCAGAAGUGCUGUUUGGUGAUAAGUUAUACACUACUGCAGUUGAUAUUUGGGGGAUUGGAUGUGUUUUUGGAGAGUUGUAUGAAAGAAAACCAAUUUUACCUGGUAAAUCUGACUUGGAUCAAGCUUAUGAUAUCUUCAAGUUGGUUGGUGAAGCUAAUGAAAAUAAUGUUACACAUAUGGAUAGAUAUAAAUUUGAGGAAAAGAACAUCAUAUUGAAACCAACAAAAAGAACCCUUGAAGAAAGAUUUGCUAAAUCAAUUUCAAGUGAAGGAGUUGACUUAUUAGCCAAAAUGCUCGCAUUGGAUCCAGAAAGAAGAAUUACAGGGUUGAAAGCCCUGGAACAUCCUUAUUUCAAUAUCCAACCAUUACCAACAGAAACCGUUGAUGUU